AUGUCCUUUACCAAGACAUAUUUUCUGUGUCCGACAUCCGAUUUCAUAUCUCCACCACCAACGGGCCCGCUAUGUCUUGGGUCUAUAAUCCGCUCCACGUCAGCACCGCAAUACCCUCUGAACAGAGCGAGCGUUGUUGCAGUAGCUUAUGCAUUCCCACCUGUCGUGGAGACCGACUGGAAGAAGACUGUUUCAACCGAGACAGGGCUCGGUUUGGGUGUCUAUGCACAGUUCCUGCAGCUGGCUACCGGUGGACUGCCCAUUGGUCCCGAGCUGAACGUUGAGCAUUUGAACAAGGCGGCAAAUACGUUCGCGUUCGACACGGUGACGACGCUGGCGUUCGAGCCGACCCAGGAAUACGUGAAAGAGGCCGUCAAGGCACCGGCCGUGCAGACAUGGCUGAGAGAACCCAGACAGAAGUUCGCACUCGUCAGCGAGCUCUUCGUCGUCACGGGCAUGAAGCUCGUCAAGGGCGCCAAGAUCAAAUACUCGACUUCGCAGAGCACGACGGUCAAGGGGGCCUCGGCAUCGAUCACGAAUGAUGAUGCGACGGAGUCCAAUCGCGAGUCGGAAUUUGUGUUUGCGUUCCGCGUGAAGAGGCUCAAGUUUGGGCGGAGACUGAAGCUUGAAGAGUACAAUAAGGGCGCCUUUAUGACAGUUGGCGGGAAGAAAGAUGACGACGAAUGUGUUCUGGUUGAGGACGUGGAUGGAGCUGAUAUCAGGUCUGCUGAGGCUGUUCCCGAUGUGGCCGAGAAUGGCAACGUCUAUUGCGUUCCCGCUUAA